GUCAUUCUCGCUUUCAACCGCUACGAUUUGUGUCGUUUUUAAAAUGUCCGGGGCGUACGUGGCCAAGAACUUGUUGGCAGUAUCGCUGUUACAGCUUUGCGCCAUGGCCGUCGUGGGCAGUGGGAGCGCCAGUGGCAGCGUCGACGACCCAUCCGACGACAGCUCCAGCUCUCUCGAGGGAGUGACGGAGCUGCUGAGCUCAGCCAAAGGCGUCAAAGUGGGGCCAGCCGUUUUGGCAGCCAUCGCUGUUGUAGGUGGCGGCGUCGUGUGCCUAGCGGGCUACCGACUCUUCCGUCCCACCGUCUUCUGCUGCGCCUUUAUGAUCGGUGGCCUCUUCGUCGCUGGUAUCAUCGAGGCGGCCUUCGCCAGCAUGAGCUGGAUGCCCACGGCUUCGUGGAUUGGCUUUGCCGUCGGCGGCGUCAUUGCCGGUGUGGUCGUGCUCAUGCUUUACAGUGCCAGCAUCUUCCUGGCCGGCGCAGCAGGCGGUGUCAUGCUUGCUUUCACUAUCAACACGUCGGUGGGCAUUAAGAUCUAUCCGGACAAUCCGGACGUGAUUUUGGUCGUCUUGGCGGUGGUAUUGGGCAUCAUGGUCGGCAUCCUGGCGCUCAAAUUGGAGAAGCCUGUGCUUAUCGCCACUACAGCCAUCGUCGGCGCCACGAUCUGCGUCUGGGGCGUCGGCUAUUUCGCCGGCGACUACCCGAACGGCGCCGAUCUCAAGCAGUUCCGAGCCCAGGACGACAAGGGCGACUGGGUCUACAAUAUUCCGGACGCCUGGUGGGGAUACCUGGCUGGCAUGAUCGUGCUCUUCAUUCUAGGCAUGAACGUACAGAUCAAGAAGACGGCGCGCGGAUACGACCACAGCGGCAAGUCAGAAACCCACGCCAUCUCGAAAUCCACCGGCAAUGCAGCCGUGCAGCGUUGGGCACGCAUUCGUGGGAUAAUAUAA